AAACCCAUUUGAAAAUCGCACGCACACACUAACUCACUCACUCCUUCCCGAUUCUCUUUUAACUCUCUUCACUCACACUCACAAUAUAAAAUCCUUGUUACAACCCAACAAAUGCACCAACAUUCUCUCUUUUCUUUCUUUCAUUUUUUCAAAAAUAUAAAAAAUUUAAAAUUAAAAAUGAAAUUUUUUCAGUUCAAUGAGAGACCUGUGACUCUUGUUCUCUUUAUCUUCUUCUUCUUCAUCAUCUCAUCAUCAUAUCUGAAUGUUGUUCUUGCCGGAGAAGAAAACCCAUUUUCCCCACAGGCUUAUUUGAAUCGUUACUGGAACAAAGAGAUCCGAAACAACUUGGAAAAGCCAUCGUUUCUUCUCUCAAAGGCUUCUCCUCUCACAGCUACUGAUUCGGCCAUUUUUGCAAAACUCGUUUCCCAAAACUCACUCGCCACGCGCCUACCGGAGUUUUGCUCCUCUGCCCACCUUCUCUGUUUUCCCGAUUUGGCUCCCAGUCUCGAGAAGCACGACAAAGAUUCCAACUUUGCCGGCUAUGCCAACAAGAACUUCACUAAUUACGGAACGGAUCGGCAAGGGGGAUCCGACCAGUUCAAAAACUACUCUCCCGGAGAAAACAUCCCCGUCGAUUCUUUCCGCCGGUACAGUCGUGACUCACUGGGUCACUCCGACAAAUUUAACAAUUACGGUUCCGAUGGCAAUGUUGUAGACCAGAGUUUCAACACUUACGGUGCUCAUUCCAUAGGUGGAGCCGGAGAUUUUAGCAAAUAUGCCGAUUCAGUUAAUGUCCCAAAUCUCAAAUUCACUUCUUACUCCGACGAUGUUAACGGCCGGCACCAAACAUUCAAAGGGUACAGUGAGAACGCCAACGCCGGUGACCAAUCUUUCGCUAGCUAUUCCAAGAAUGGAAAUGGGGCACAGAACGAGUUCACGGGUUACGGAACGAGUGCCAAUGUGAUUGGGUCUGGAUUCUCGAGCUACGACCAGACCUCCAAUGGCGGAAAACACACGUUCACUAACUACGGAAAAGACAGUAACAAUCCCCAAAACAAUUUCAGAAACUACGGCGACGGAGGAAACGCAGUAGAAGAGAAAUUCUCAAACUACAGAGCUCAAUCCAACGUGGGUGACGACUCAUUCGACUCGUACGGGAAAUCUUCAAACGCAGAACAGAUCAAUUUCAACAAUUACGGUAAAUCUUUCAACGAAGGAACUGAUAAAUUCACCGGGUACGGAAAAGGAGCAACGGGUCAGUCAAUCGGGUUCAAGAUCUACGGCGUGAACAAUACAUUCAAGGAGUACGCAGAGAAAGAGGGUAUCACAUUCAGUAGCUACACGAAGGUGAGCUCAGGUCCAGGCAAAGCUUCUGUAACAACAAUGGCGGAAGUCAGUGGCAAAUUGGUAAAUAAAUGGGUCGAACCGGGUAAAUUCUUUCGCGAAUCGAAUUUAAAGAAAGGGGUUGUUAUGCCAAUGCCUGAUAUUAGAGAUAAGAUGCCUGAAAGGUCGUUUUUGCCCCGAACAAUUACCUCAAAAUUACCAUUUUCGACAUCGAAACUGGUCGAGCUGAAGACGAUUUUCAAAGCCGCCGACAAUUCAUCGAUGGAGAGAAUGAUGAAAGAGACACUCUCAGAGUGCGAGAGGGCACCAAGCGCUGGUGAGACGAAACGGUGCGUUUCAUCUGUUGAAGACAUGAUCGAUUUUGCCACGUCGGUAUUGGGACGAAACGUCGUCGUUCGGACAACCGAAAACGUCAACGGGUCAAAGAAAAACAUCUUGAUUGGUUCGGUCAAAGGAAUCAACGGUGGGAAAGUAACGCAGUCAGUCUCUUGUCACCAGAGCUUGUUCCCUUAUUUACUGUAUUACUGCCACUCUGUCCCUAAGGUUCGGGUUUACCAAGCGGAUAUUUUGGACCCGAAUUCUAAGGCUAAGAUUAACCACGGUGUUGCCAUCUGUCAUUUGGAUACAUCUUCAUGGAGCCCAACUCAUGGAGCUUUUCUCUCACUCGGGUCGGGUCCGGGUCGGAUCGAGGUUUGCCAUUGGAUUUUCCAAAAUGAUAUGACCUGGGCAGUGGCUGAUUAAUUAUUCACUUUCACAAAUAAUUUAGCUCACUCUUAUCUGAUUUGGGUUCGAACCAAAUGGCUUAAGAAAGCUUAGCCAAUGGCUCGACUUCAAGUUAGUCCCCAAGUCCCAACCUUUUUUAGCAUAUUAAGUAAUGCCUUUUUUUUUGGUUUUGAUUGAUAAGAAAUUUAUUAACUUAUGUUUUUUUUUUUAUGAUAGAUAUUAUAUAAUAUUUGGUAAAUUUUAAUUUGGCUUCCUCAAUAAUAGGAAGACCAAUUGCAAUUAAUGCAAGAAUGAUUUAAGCUAAA